AUGCAGGCCACCACCCCGCCCGGGCCAGCUCGUCGUGAGCUCGAAACCCGGUCGCACUUUGUCGGCCUGACGGCCCGCCUCGAAUCGCAGACUCGAGUCACUACAAUUCAGGUAGACGUGGAGACCGCGCUCGUAGCUUUUUCACCUCAUCUCCCCGUCGAUGACAACUUAGUACAGGUCCUUGGGUCGGGCAUUACGUCGUGCAGACUCGCUUUUUCGUGUAGCCUAGAGUCGAGUUCUUCUCUUGAACGAGCCCUCGAAGAAGCAGAACAUGUUCUCUUCGCGAUAUCAGACCAUUCGUCCGGCUCCCUUGAAGCCCAACCAGGCAGGAGUAGAAAGCCCCGAGGUCGUCUGUUUCGCUGUCCUCUCUGCCCAGCCCGUUCGGCCGAGCCUCCUCAUCGUCGGUGUCUUAGUGCCCGAAGGCUGAUGGCCGCCUCACGAUGGUCCUUGGUCUACCGGCGCCUCGGCGGACUCGUCUCUACCGUCCUCUUCAUCGGCGUCUGCUACACAGCCAGCUUGUCACUGAUUCCACGUGAAGCCUUGUUUCCCACCUGUCAGUAUCUGUACCUGCCUCCGUUGCCAGGGCAAUCGGAGGCAAGUGUCAAUUCGAGUCAAGUCGGAGGAGAUGGUGACGAGGCGAGCCUUUUGUCGGCCAUCGUGACUGCCGGUCAGGCCUCAGACUCUGGAGGCAGACGAGACGAAACCGAGCCCCCCGGCAGCCAAAAAAUCAGAUUUAAGGCGGGUCAACGUGUACUUCCGUUGGCUUGGUUACGCGAUAAGACGAACCGGAAGAAUAUUAACUGUUCAUUAGUCUCCUGGACUUGCAUAUCCUGGCAAAUCUGUUCCUGCUCGUCGGUUCUUGAUGUGUCAAGGUCUAUAGAAUUUGUUCCAUCUCCAUUUCCCAUUUUGUCUCCAAUGGAAUUUUUCAGAGAUGAUGAUAACCUCCACCAAGAUGUCUCCUAG